AUUCACAGGUUGAAUUGCUAUUGUAUAGGUUGAGAGAAAGAGAUGGCUUGUAGAGGACAUUAGUCUUACCAUGACGAGGGUCCUUUAUUUCCUAUUGCUGUGUCAUACAAGUGUCCAGCUUCAGUGUGACAAAACACUCAUCCAGGCCAAUGUCGGAAGUGGAUUCAAUCUGGUCUGCCAGUACCAAACAAACCAGUACCUCUUCAGUAAGAAGUACUGGUGUCGUGGGGAAUCUAGGUCGACCUGUGAUAUUCUAAUGGACACCGAUCGCCUCACCAACAGAGGGCUCAGACACAGGUCCCAGAUCAUAGAUGCACAGCGAAGGGGGUUGGUCAUCAUAACAACAGAUCUCAAGUUAGAGGAUACUGGAGUGUACUGGGUUGGGAUUGAUAAAAUCUAUGCUGAUAUCAUGACUUCCAUCAAUCUAAUUGUGACAUUUGUGGCAGUGUCCAAACCCAAGGUAUGGCCCCUGAGCUCCAUGGGAAACACUUGCUGGGGCCAGCCUGUGACAGUGCGUUGUGCUAGUGCACAGGGCACAAGUGUCCACUACACCUGGUACCAACCCGCCCAACCCCAGGACAUCCAGUUUCAGAGCUCAGCAGACCUGCACCUACACUGUGGCAUUGUGGAAGAAGACAGCCAGUACUACUGCAGAGCCAGCAAUGAUGUGAGCAGCCAGCAUAGUGGGAUGGUUUCUCUGCAGGUUCUGAAGCCCUUAGAGGAAGACUGCAUCUAUAGUUUUACAAUGGAGGGCCAGAGAAGCUAUGACUGUAGUGACAGACUGAAGACAAGCACAGCCACAACUCUGCGUUCUACUGGCCAUCUCACAGAAGAACCCUAUCACCCUGGAACCAACAGCAACCUGUCCUCAACAAUCAACCAAACACACCAGGACUGGAGCUACAGUAGGGCAUGGACAGAGUUGCCUGUUUGGUAUGAGGUCCUGCGCUGGCUUUUCCUGGCUACUCUGAUAGUAGCUGUUUGUCUUGUGAACAAGUGCAGACCUACACAAGUGUGAUCCAACAGUCUCUAUGACAACAACAAGUUUCCUUUGGCAAACUGACCACUUUGUUUCACCUUAGUCGCAGAUAUGUAUGUAUGUGCUUUAGCUAACUCCUUUGUCAUUUUGUCAUAUAACAACAACAUCCUUCAUGGACAUUGAAAAUAUAGAAUUGGCUAACUACAUCAAGGUAAAUAGGUUUAUCUACUUACCUAUACAAAGGGUGAAGGUGGGAUUAUAUUAUGUCAAAUUAUAUUUUCUUACUGACACACAAGAAUAGUUGAAGUAAAUGUGCCUGUGAGGAUGUGAAGAGCUACAGUUAGCCACAGGAGGGCAGUAAUGAUUGUGUUAUGGAAGUUUGAAACGUCACAUGUUCAAUAUGGCUUACAUUAUGAAAGGACUUUAAGUGAUAUCAUGGAAACCUAAAAUUAACAGUUGUAUUUCUUAUCAUAAUGACACAUAAUCAAAUAAUUGCUCAGUAAAAUCGUUUUUUUUACAGGGAGCCGGGAGUGUUUACCAGAGACAGAUACUAACUCCCUGCCCAAC